AUGCACCGGCCCUCGCUGCCGUUCUUCGUGGUGGCCGUCGUGAUACUCGGGCUGGCGGCAUCUCCGGCGCGGGCGCAGGAUUGCGCGAACCCGCUGGCGGAUAACCUCGACCGGACGUCCAGCGCCACCAUCACCCGGCCCCUCCUCGCACAGCGCUUCCAAGUCGUCAACCAGAGCGUGAUCACCGGGUUCUACGCUCCGCUCUCCGGACCCAGAGGCGUCGACUCGGCGCGGCUCUACGCCGACAGCGCAGGCGCACCCAGCGCCACCGCCGUGCCCAACGCCACGCUGGACGUCACCUCCGAGAUUGUCGGCUUCACGGCGACGCCGACCGCUACUGCCGAUGGCUUGGUGCUGGGGCCGGGACUCUACUGGCUCGUGGUCGAUGCCGGGUCCACGGCGCACUGGGAGCGCCUGGCCGUGGACUCGAGUCCCGCGGGAUCUUCUCGGGUGGUGCUGCUGGGCCUGGCCUACCGGGCCAACCCCAACCAGGCGUGGGUGGUUGACGCCGGCAACAGCUUCAAGCUGACGGUCAGCGGCUGCGCGCCGGACCAGUCCAACACCUCAACGCCGUCGCCGUCGCCGUCGCCAUCGCCGUCGCCCGGCAUUAACCCGCCGGGGCUGCAGGUGGUCAACGUGACGUCGAGCUUCGAGGCCGACGCCGCCAGCUUCAACCUCACCGCCACCAUUCGCGGGAAUGACACGACGUCAGGCAGCGAAGAGGAGGCGGUGCUGACUCUGCGCGCCGAGCUGGAAGGCAUCCAAGUGGGCGAUAUCACGGUUCCGGCCUCGUCGCUGACCGGCUUCCAGCGAACGCAGCUGAACGAGUCCAGCGGAGACCCCGACGCUCGGACGACCUUCGCCUACGUGGCCAACGCCGACGCGACGGCGAUCGAACAGGAGUUCUCGUUCCACCGGAGGCCGGAGCGAGGCAACUUCUUCGGUCGCUCGUUCGGCAUCGCGCCCCACAGCUUCAAGUGGUCGCUCCGCCUUUCCUCCAUCAAUUCCUCGCAUUCCUCAUCGUCGUCGGCCGUCGAGCACACGACGGUGUUCGACGUCGUGCUCCUGGCCGACGCCGACUAUAGCCUGAGCCUGGCGCCGAUCGAGCACUCGCUCAGCUAUCGCUCGGCGUCGGGACCCGACGGAGUCGACGUGGCCGAGUUCGUGCUGGAGCUCCGAUUCCCGCCCUUCAACGGCUCGCUGGCCUACGACCCGAGCCUGGGCAUCGACGUGCUGCUCGGCUCCGACGAUGGUGAUGGCGGCGACGGUGGCAGCAGCGGAGGCAGCGAUAUGGCGCUGGUGAUCGGGGUCGCUGUGGCGCUGCCCAUCGCGGCUGUGUUGGUGGUGCUGGCGAUCAGCGCGGGCGUGGCAAUCGGCUGGUGGCUGAGGAAGCGGGAGACGACCAAGAGUGUCGCCAGAGGCGACUCGGUCAACUUCCACUACCUCGACUCCUCCGAGUUGUGA